UUUGGACUCACAAUCCCACUGAAAUACACGCGCGCGCGCGCGCGCGCAUACUCGCGUGACCCAGGUGCUUCCUGGUGCUUCAUUGCAGGAUCACAGCCUGGGGAACCGAAACGGCCAGCAGCGCGUCCAGGAAGCGUCAGCGGGGAGCACGCGCGCCGACAGAUAGAGGAAUGCAGCAGUUUCCGCGACCGUCCGUCAGGUAGCCGCGAAACUAGAAGGUUCGCAGGCAGCGCGCGUGGCUCGGAGUGCGCGACGGUGUUUUAUUUUCCCGCCGUCGGCGCGAGCUGCUGCUGACGCGAUGCUUUAGCCAUGGACAGCAGGAUAAACGAGAAUCCUGAGAGAACAUUUGAUUUGGCACUUCAGGUUGCAUGUCCAUCAUCUGAAAAUGAAGAUCCGACAGUGCUGUGGAAGUUCCCUCAGGACUUUGGAGACCAGGAGGUCCUGCAGACAGUGCCUAAGUUCUGCUUCCCAUUUGAUGUGGAAAGAGUGUCCCAGACUCAGGUGGGCCAGAACUUCACGUUUGUGCUCACAGACAUUGACAGCAAGCAGAGGUUCGGUUUCUGUCGGCUGACGUCCGGCUGCAGGGUCUGCAUCUGUUUGCUCAGCUAUCUCCCAUGGUUUGAGAUUUACUAUAAGCUGCUAAAUACUUUUGCAGACUACUUAUCAAAACACCAGGAAGAUGACUUGAACGACAUGUUAGAAACGCUGCACAACCACCCUGUGCCAAAGCCGAAUAUGCCAGUAAAUCUGAGUGUGAGCAACCACUUGCAUUUUGCCAAUGGGCAAGUAGUGCAAGAUCCAGGAAGCAUACAGUUGCAUUCAUACUUCAUUGCUCCCGACAUUAAUGGACUCCCCACCAUACCUGAAAGUAGAAAUUUAACUGAGUACUUUGUAGCAGUGGAUGUGAACAACAUGUUGCACCUCUACGCCAGCAUGCUGCAUGAGCGACGCAUCAUCAUUACCUCAAGCAAGCUUAGCACUUUAACUGCAUGCGUGCAAGGGUCCACCGCUAUGCUCUACCCUAUGCACUGGCAGCACAUCUUCAUCCCUGUACUUCCUCCUCACCUGCUGGAUUACUGCUGUGCGCCCAUGCCAUAUCUGGUCGGCGUUCAUCUCAGCCUUUUAGAGAGAGUAAAGAGCAGAUCCCUGGAGGAUGUGGUCAUUCUGAACGUGGACACAAACACCCUAGAAAGCCCCACAGACGAUCUGCACAACCUGCCCAGUGACGUGGUCUCCAGUCUGAAGAGUAAGCUGAAAAAGCAGUCGACUGCUACAGGCAGUGGGGUGGCUCGGGCCUUUCUGCAUGCUCAGGCUGCGCUGUUUGGCUCCUAUCGGGAUGCCCUGAGAUAUAAACCUUCAAAACCAUUUCAAGAGAAAGAAAGGCUGAAAGAAAGGGAAAAACAGGUGCAGGGAAAGGGAGAGCCAAUCACCUUCUGCGAGAAGAGCUUUGUGGCACACCGCUCCAGCACCAUGAGAAGUUUCCUUGAGAUGGCCGUGAACCUGCAACUCUUCAAGCAGUUCAUUGAAGGCAGACUGGCCAAAUUAAACGCAGGAAGGGGCUUUACAGACGUCUAUGAAGAGGAGAUCACAGAGGGGGGCUUCUGUGGAAGUAAUUCAAGGUCUUAUCAACAGUGGAUUCACACCAAGAUGCGGCAGAGGGCAAAACCAGUUGUGAAAAACCUUCAGAUGGCCAAAGAUCACGCAAAGCGGAAAAUACGUGACAUGAAGGACAAGAUUACACAAAAGGACGCUGAAGAGGAGGAAAGCCCGUACUGUGCAGGUUCUCCCACCAGCACUAAAAGCCUCUCACCCAGGAGACUUCAGAGGAGAGAGCAUCAAAAUCCAAAGUCGUCCCCACACAUGAGCCUCUGCUUUCCAGACAAUUACAACGAUAACAAUGACGACACAGCCAGCAGAAUAUCCUCUGAAGACAGCGGGGAGGUGCCGUCAUACAACGAGGACAGUGAUGACUCUGAUUUAGAGUUUCAGUCUGAAGCCACUCAAACGGGCCAGAUGAACCUGCUGGAGGAGAUUUUGGACUCUCUCAGUACGUCCCACAUCGAGCAAGGGCGAAUGUCUGCUGCCAAAAGCCUGGACUUCUUCAGAUCUAUCGAAGACCUGGACUACAGUUCCACGAAAAAUUGCAAAUCCCCUCUGGGAAGUAGCCCUGCUCAGGCUGGUUGUGAAGUAGGAAACGGAGAACAAGGUGGAUGGAAUAUGGGUCAAGACGACAGCGCCGUUCACGGUAAGCAUCUCCCGCCUUCGCCUCGACGCCAAGCCAGCUCUUGUUCCCUACCUCUCCGUCCUACCCUUCCCAAUAACCUUGCCAAUGAAGAAGUCCCACUGAGGCACUCUCUUCCUGAGACACCUACAAUUCAACUCUUGGCACCUGGUGAUGCUGACAAACCCACCAGUUCUGCUGACGCCCAGCUGAGCCCCGACACUCGGCACACAGGAGCCCGCAGCCUUUCCCGACAGAAGGUCUUUUCCAGAAAAACCCAGAGGCCCCACCAGGAACAUGCCCAGCACAGGGCAACAGGCGGGCAACCUUCAGUCUUCGUACCUUGGGAGCGAGAAAACCAGUCCCAGGAGACGGAUAUGGAAAACAGAGGGAAUGAGACUCAGGAGAAAGGCUUGCUAGAGGAGAUUGAGUCCAUGUGUCGCAUCAGCAUGGCCAUCAAAAGCAACCAGGAGCUCACACACAUUCAAAACAACACCAGCCUGGACAAAUCCUGAGAAACUAACUAACACUCCCAUCUAACAAUUCUCGUUUUGUAUUUACGCUGUCCUCUGAUGUCACACCAGCACUCUUUGCAUGAAUUACUUGCAAAGGUGCUUUGUAGUUAAUGUGAAUGAUCGGUCCUCUUAUUUCUCACAUUCGGUCCGAAACCACAAAACGGUAUAAGAACUGGUGGAUGGAAAGGUCGAAAAUUAGGUUUAAAGGGAUUUAUGUCAAUAUUCAUCAUCCAGUUUUAUUUAUUUCAGCAGAUGAUUUGCACUUGAGUAGUUUCAAAUCACUGUUUCGAUAAAUCACUGUGGGUGAGGGGCGAACUUCUCUGUAUAUUUUACGAAAUCGUACGAAAAUAUUUAAAUAGUGAGCGAAUCUCAGCUUAAUAUGAUGCCUUAAACAGAUUUCAUUUGCUUCUGACUGUGACACUGUAGCUGGCUAGCUUGCUAAUUACUAUCACUACCUUUUGCAUGCAAUGCGUCUUAAAGAGAGAGAUUUAUCUAGGCCAGAUGAACAACUGGUUCUCAAUUUGCUGUAUUUUUGAAGUGAGAAAAAAAUAUUUUUUUCAAGACAAUUCUCAGGUUUCUGCUUUUAUCCCAGAUAAGAUGUUAGUAUUUAAAUGCAGCCUAGACAAUAAUCCAAAUUACAUUUUUUUUAAAGGACCAAUAGCGUGAAAAAUGACAGUCAUAGUAUAUUGACUUUUUUUGGUGCAAACACAACUUGUUACUGACAAAUAAAUUUAUAUUUUAAACCCCUUAUUGAUCUUUUAUUCAGUACAAAGUUCAGUCUAAGGCCCAAAAUAUACUCUACGCAAGUAUCAGAACACAAAUGCACAAGUUGUGAAAUUUAUAACGUAACACAAGUACACGUUUCAUUCUUAGAGUUGCCACAAGGGGUGCUGUAGCAGCUUUAGCAUAAAUUAGGUGAGUAGGUACUACAUACAUUUGAUAAGGAAUGAACUUUGAGACCUUCAUAAAAAGUGUGUUCUAUAGACUAUGAAUGUGUGUAGAAUGAAAUUGAAAUCCAAACGUUCUACAUCCGCCGUAUUGUCGUCAUUGCCGUUCACUGCCAUUCAUAUAGUAGGGAAGUAUGCAUAUUAACCGGAUAGAGGGCGUCUUCAUCUAUGGCCAGUUUUCUCUUUUACAUGAACUACUAUCAUGGUGGUUGAAAGAGAAUCUUGCUUGACAUUUGAACUAGCCCCCUUUACUACUGACAUUUGCAUGUUAGAAUAGAACUGCUUGCGAAAUUGUACCGAUUUUAGUUACGGAAAUAUUUGGCUUGUCCUCCGUUUCACUCAUUUAUAUCAGCUGUGAACGUCACCUUCAAAGCUGUACUGCUGCACCAAAAAGGAAGUGGUCAUUAGAUCCAGCACUUGUUUCUUUAGUGGCUGAUGAAUUGUUCAGGCUGUUGAGCAGAGUGAUUUAGGACACGUGCCAUUCUGUCUGACACUUUAAUGACCCUCCUCACCCCUCCUGUGUAAUCUGUUGUGGUAACGAUGUGACCAUAAAAGCAUUCGAAGUUUUAGGACCCCUGUCUCAAAUCAAGCUAGGCUUUAGCUCAAAGCUGUCCUGAAACUAUAUAUCCUUCGGCCUUUGAACAAAUCGGAUGUCCCGAUGAACUAUGCAAAUCCCAAUCAGUGUUAUCAAGAAACUUGUAAUGCCAUUUGUUUAUUUCUGGUUAAAGACCGUAAGAAAUCAAAAUUAGAGUGUUGUGGCUAUUAGUCCAUGACUAUUUUUGUUCGGUAGUACCCACAUGACAUGCAGGACAUGUAGUUGAUGUAAUUGUCUCAACUGAUGGUACGUAUAUUUAAAAACAAAAACAAAAAAAACACAAAAAAAAAACGUCACCUUAAAAUAGCUAUUCUUUUCACUUUAAAAUGCUAAUAGUUUUUGCCUACAUUGCUCAAAGUAUUUCCUGUAAAUGGAAGGAUCACAUUUAAGUGUACUAUUUUUAACAGUCAGAACUUAAGGGAACUUCUGAAAAGAAAUUUACCCCUAUCCUCUGUUUAAAUACAAGGUUGUGCCUUAACUGAGUUCAUCUGCUUGAGUGGCAGCUUCCUUCAUAAAUGGAAUCUCAUACCUGACUGAUUCAAGUCACUCUACAUAGACAGCAACUCUUUAUCUGUGUGGUUAUAAAAUUGCGGUCUCAUUAGUAACUUUUUGGUGAAUUUUGCAGGUAGAAAUGGUCCGUUGUCGAUAGUGUAGUGAUGUGUGAAGUCACCUUCAAACCAAGCAGCUUUCUGUUGGUCCACAAGGCAAAUCCACACGACUAAACUUGAACCUUGAACCCUGAACCUUGAAUCUGAACUUUUUCUGCCCUCAUUCGAAAUUCCCGAAUGCAUGGAUUUCUGUGAGAAGGACUGGAUUUCACCCUUAAAAAAAAAAAAAAAAAAAUCACCAAACUAUGGUAAAUGUGACCGCAACUUUAUGCACAUACAGUAAUGCUGUAGACAGCUCUUUAGGUUUUGAAACAGUGCUCAUAUUUAUCACAGGUACUUUAGUAUUUUAUUUACUGGUUUCUAAAUCGCAUAAUAUUGGUAUUCGAACCAAAACCUGAAAUACCUAGUAAGAAUGUCAGAAAACCUUUUUUUUUUUUUGCCUAAUAACCUGUUUAUUGGUAUUUGGUUAAUCCAAGAAAGACCAUCAGCCUCUUCAGUACCAAUCAAGCACACAGAACCUCAGCCGAAGUAUCACAGAAUGGCUAUGUGAUCAGUUUUACAUUUUCUUUCACUGCGUAUUUUUAUUGUCGUUAUUAUUUUUGAUACUGUGUAAUUGAAAAACAUGUAUGGUUUGGUUUGUUGUCGUCCAUGUGCUCUGUAAUUUGAAUGGUUUCUUUAUUUCUUUAGUAAUGACUGAAAAUUCAGAAUAGCUAGAAUUUUGCCUUGUAAAGGUAUUUAACCCUUUUCUAUAUCUAAUUUACAUUUAUUUUCCUUUUAUUAAAGUAGAGAAAAUACAAUUAAUUUUAAUGUUAUUUAGCAUUAUUUGAAAUUCGGUCACAGUUCAUGUUGCAGCAUCGAAACUACCAAGUGUUUAUUUUUAAAGUUUUUUUUAAAGGAAACCUGUACGAGAAACAUUAUUUUUGCAAUUUCGCUCAGUUACAAUAAAUUUGAACUAGUUACUGUUCACCAGCUGUUUAAAAUUAAACACUACUUGAAACUAGAUAGUAAGCACAUAAAUUGAGGAACAUGCUAAAAUCUUUUUUUGCUUCUUUCCUGUUUACAUAAUGCUCUUGGUAUUGAUGUGCAUUUUCGUUGCAAGUUCUAUAGUAUUUUUGGUAAUGCUGGGAAUUCUUUUAUGAUGCAUGAGCGCUCUUCUUUCAGUCAAUAAACAAAUAUGAUGUCAACUUCUAUGACCAUGGUACCAUUCGUAUGUUUUUACUUCGGAGUAUUGUGACGUUCUUCAUUUUCUGUCUGUUUUGCUGUUGAAUUCUUUUGUAAAUUGAGUAAUGAGCUGCUGUAGCUGAAUCACUGGACUCUCCAGAUUGUGCUUUUGAAUGUUCUACACAAAAAAAAGUCUGUACAGCUGAUUUUAUUCAAUAUAAUGAUAGACACACCAUUCUUGCUUCAUUUUCUUGAAUGUUUCCUGGUACGUACAUGGAAUCAUCAUGUGAUCAGAUUAGUUUGUGGUGGUUGAAGUACUUUUUGAGUGAAUGAAGUUGGAUGGUAGAACUCUGCCGCAUGCUCUCAGUGCAUUUAUAUCGUUUUUUUUAAAGUGCAAAUUAGGUCAGUCUGAUGUGUUGUUACAGGAACUACUGGUACCACUGUAUGCACUGUGAACUGAAAUAAAUUAUACAUGUCCAUACAA